UGAAAACAAAAAAAACCAUGUUGAAAUAACAUCGAAGGUAAAAUACUCUAACAGAAGAAUCACUACUUCCACCUUGAAGAAAAAUGUAGCUGUACUGUUUGCCAUGGCUUUUAUGGUAACUUUGAAUGCAGGCCAUUUUCAGUCAUAUCUUAACAAACCGUCUUUAAAGGAAAGCAGUAAUGUAUUAGAAAGUUCCGUAAAACAUUUAAAUCUUUCUGGUCGCCGAUUACUCUGGGUUGAAACACAGGAAAAACAUAAUGAAAAUCGUGUCUCAAGUACGCGUGUUUCGGACCAAACAAUGGUUCCGCCUCUUUAUUUUUUAAGUCGGGACAGGCGCAACCAAAAUGUUAAUUCAAAAACCUAUUCAACAAUACCACAAUGUACUUGCAUUUGCAACUCGUCUCGCUCUUUUGCCAAUCAAUCUAAAUACCUUAGGCUCGCCGAAACUUUACAUAAAUGGACUAGCGGGAGUUUGAACGAGUCAUCAAGUUUUACCAUUGGCAGCGAAAUUUCACCCGGAUUUAAAUUAUCAAAUGACUACUUUGACUUAAAUAGUGCAAUACAUACUAAACGAGGAAAGCGUAAAAUACACUUUAAUGACUUAACUUCUCAUUUACAGCACAAACAAAGGAAAUUGGAUGAAAACAAAAAUAAUAAGUUGCACAAUCAACGCGAACAAAUUAAUUUAAUUAGUGUCAUCAAACGAAGAGAUGAUACUUUUUAUGUGCUUUCCUUUAAUAUGGAUCACGUACUGCUGCCAGCAUUGAAAUACAAUAGUAGUGAACGACCAAAAAUGUCUUUGGUACUCCCGUUAGAAAAUCCCGGGCUAAAUGGGGGAAUUAAGUUGAUGCAGGUGGACUGUGAAGUAUUUAAUACUAAGGAAUUCGAGGUAAAGCCACAUAUGAUUCCAGUUAGUCUUCGACCAAACUCUAUGAAACGAAAUUCAAAUGCACAAAGAUUUAAAAGAGGGGAUAUUCAGACGCAGGUCAAACCUCUACACGAGAAACCACGAGUGCGAAAUUUUUAUAUGGUUGGACCAAAAAACCAAGCAGCUGCAACUGCAACCAAUGAAAAGACACAAUUUAUUCAGAUUAAUUCAGAUUAAUUCUACAAAUAAAAAUAAUAGUCAAAUGUCCCUGCCCAGCCUGAA